GUGGUCGCCGUGUCAAGACUGAAGACGUAGACCACCGCCAACCAAACCACACUCAGCCACCACAGUUCUAGCCAAAAUUUGUGCCAAGUUCAAGCAGCUCUUGUGCUCCAUUUCAUAUAAGUUAGCUUUGUUUUGUGAUCCGGAUUAAAGUGCGCUCAGGUUUUUUCGAAAGUCCCACCACACAUAGAACUGAGCUAGACGCAGCUGCCAUCAGCAACAUGUUCAUCUUAGCGCUGUUCUGCUUGCUGGCAGUGGGUAGCCAGGCGAAGCCGCUGCAGCCGGUCGUGGAGCCAGCCCAGCAUAUUGUCAUUGUGACGCCGCAGGCGCAGGUGCAUCUGGAGCCAGCGUUGCGCUACGUGCAUGGCCUGUCGCCACUGGCGCGCGUCUCCGGGCCGCAUCAUGAGGAGACCAUUGUCUAUGUGCCUGCUGGCGCAACGGCCUCUGUGGUGCCCACCGUCAGCGAUGCCGUGUCCACCGGCCGUGCCAGCAAUCCAGCCAAGCAAUCCGAGGGUUUCCCCCAGAACAUCAAUCAAAUCCAGCAACAGGCACAGCAGGCCGUUGAGAUAGCAAGCGGUCAAUUUGGUGAGGCUGCCUCUGCAGCUGCUGCUGCCGGCGCUGGCUUUUUUCCCGGCUUCUUCCCAUCCUCCGAUGCGAGCAACAAAAACGAUGAGAAACUGAAGAGCGAGAAGAUCGAACUGAUUGAAACACCUGCCAAUACCCAACCACUGCUAGCUGCCACCGAGGCGCGUCAUUUCUACAGUCUGCCCCAGGUGUAUCACACUCCCGUCGUCGAUGUGGUGCAUGCCCCCGUCUAUUCGUGGCCGAUUUCAGCCAUUCGCGCACGCAGCAUUCAAACCGAGGAAGCCCCCAUCCAAGCCCUGCAACAGCUGCCCGAGGAGAAGCCAGCGGCAGAGCUGCCAGAGGCUCAGCCAUUGCUUAAGGAGCAGAAGCAGCCAGAGCAGUCGGAACAGCCAUUGGAGCAGCUGGCACAGACCAUCGUUCCUGCAGCCGUCGAGGCCAGUGAAUUGAAGGCUGAAAUUGCAGCACGUCAGCUGGAGGAAAGCAAUGCCAUCAAGCCGGAGCAGCCAAGCGCCGAGAUUGCCAAGGAGACGCUUAAGGAGGCCAUCAAGGAGGCCAUUCAGGAAUCCAGAAAGGAGGCCAUCCAGGAAACCACCAAGGAGGCAAUCAAGGAAGCCGCUCUGGAGGCCAAGAAGGAAAUCAUUCUGGAGGCCAAAAAGGAAGCCAUCCAGGAGGCCAGAAAGGAAGCCAUCCAGGAAGCCGUCCAAGAGGUCAGAAAGGAAGCUGCCCAGGAGGCCAGAAAGGAAGCCACUCAGGAGGCCAGAAAGGAAGACAGUCAAGAGCCCUACCUAGAGGCCCGCAAGGAGGCCAGCAGCGAGCCCAUUCAGGAGCUCAUCAAGGAGCCCUUCAAGGAGGCCCUUAAGAGUGCCAGCCUAGAUGGCAUCAAGCAGCCUCUCAAGGAGGCCAGCAAUGAAGCCACCCAGCCAGAACCCAAACUGCAGGAGGAGCAGCCACUGAUCAAGGCCAUUCCCGUUGCCGAUGCCGCGGCCUUGCCUGAACCACAGCCGCAGUUGCAGUUGCAGGCACAGGCCGAGGCUCAGCCAGCCAUUGCACAGGCGCCAGAGGCCUAAGUAGGCACGACCACAAAUGCAAUUCAAACACACCAUAUCAGAUCACAUCAGACACACACAUACACGCACACGCACACUCAUACACAUAUUCUAUGGGCAACUUUGGUAUUCUACAACUCGAUCUGUUCCGUGCCUAGGCUCUGGCCAGGCCGUGGGUUAAUACAUUUAGUUACUAACACAGUCACAGAGAAACGAUUUCCGACUUCCGACAUUAAUUAACAGCAUAAAAGGCGUCAAGAAAAUAAUAAAAAAAAAAAAGAAUUAAAUAAAAAUAAAACAAAACAAACAUCUACAUGCAUAUACGUUCAUUCAUAGCAAACAUCAUCGAGAACACGUUCAUAAUCAUCAUCAUCAUUCAUUAUAUUCAUAACCAUAACAAUUGAAAAUGUAAAACAGAACAAUAAAAAAA